AUGGGAAACUAUGGUGCACGAUCCCAAUGCUGCUCUGGAGAUCAUGCAGGUAAAGAGGAUGAAGAUGACGGCCGGGGAGAAGUGAAGCCCGUAGAGGAUCCGCCCUUGCUACCCGCCACUCCGAAGGCGCCCAAGGAGCCGGAGCCCUCCAACGACUCCAAAGAAAAUAAUUUGGAACGGAAAAAGCUCAGAGCAAGAACCUGGGUACAAGACGUACCCAGCAAAGUGCAAACGCUGACAGUGAACUUGAAAAAACUUCCUGGCAAGGAAAAAACGGCCAAGCUGGGUUUGGACAUAGACUAUGCUGAGGAAGCAACUGCGAUACCAAUCGUGGAAGUAAAUGGCGGCCUGGCCGGCCAAUGGAACGAGGAGAACCCGAUGAGGAUCGUAAGGAGUGGCGAUUGCAUCGUGGCGGUAAAUGGUAUCUCCAAAGACGUGCCAAACAUGCUCAAGACCUGCAUGACAUGCGGUUCUCUCGAGCUUUUGAUCGUCAAAGGCACGACUGAUGAGUCCGGCAUGGAGCCAGUAGCCUCUGGACUGUUGGCAGCCGAGGGGUACUACCAACAGGUAGAGGCCAAGCAAAUGGCAGCGGCACAGUCAAGUGCUACAAGCGCGGAGAGCCAGAGCAGACAGGCGGCUGGGAGCCAGGGCCAGGCGGAACAAAUGGAUCCCGAAGACCUGGCACGGACGCUGGCCCGGAAGCGGACCUUGAAUUGGUUCGUGCGGGGGUGA